AUGGAUGACCUCCAUUACGAUGACCAAGCGCCAUGGUCGAAUGACGUUGGACGAGCAGUCUGUGGCGGUAAACAGAUUGCCUGGCUGGUUCCGUCAGCCUCGCUGAGGAAAGACACAAAUAGGAAGAAACAAUACGAGACUAUAUCAAUAGAAUGGGGGUUUCGAAAGAACAAGUUCACGCCGGGGAAGUGGAAAGUCGUCAGCAGGAAAAUUCAGAAGCGCAAGCGAGAACUCGGAAAAGACAGUGAAGUUUAUGUCGAUGGCAUUCAGUAUCCACCCAGCAAAGACCAGGUUGGCAUAUUAAAGCAUGGUUUUGUUUCAAUGGCCGAGCUAUACUCAGUUCCAUCACCUGAGAUGCCAGAAGGCUUUGCUAUAUGCUCCCCUAUACCAAAACAUGGCUUACCAAAUGCGACUCGUUUUACUGAGGUUCUGAGGGUGCUCAUGCCCGAAGAGUGUGAGGAAGAUCAUCGAACCACGACCGAAAUACUGUACAGCCAACCGAUUGACACGCAAUUACCGGAGAGCCUGAAACUGCUCUUCUAUCUGUUAUCGAAUAACUUCAGCCUUGUUGGUAACCUAGCACAUGAACUCUGCUGGGAGGGGUUUGACAGCAGAUUCGCUUUCGACGCAAAGCGAGAGAAUAAAUUGAUGAUUAGCGUCAUCCACAGCUCAGGGUUUAAUACGAAUGAGAACAUGAAACAUCUAUUAGCGAUGCCAGGAUUGACAUCUGGAGUCCUUGCCGAAGAGGUAUUCGGAAGCGCAGUAAGAUCAGUUGACCGGGAAACAAUUACUGUCAUGCUUGGUGCUGGAAUGAACCCACAAACUCUGAUUUGGGUUUCUACAAGUCAUUAUGUCGGUGCAAUGACUCCAUUGGAAUAUUUCUGCACGGAAUUCUCUCCUACUGAAAUGGUCCGUCUACUUCUAUCACACAAUGCUAGCGUGAACGAAUACCGACGCAUGCCCGUUCUUGCUUCUGCUAUCCUAUCGCGAAAGAAGCAUCUAAUCAGCCUAUUCAUCUCUUAUGGGGGAGACAUACUAAUUGGCUUGGAAGCUCUCAUAUCCAGUACUAAGGACAGAAAGCUGAAGAUUGAACAUUUCGAUGUUGUGAAACCAUUCUUAAAACUGGCCAUAUUCGAUGAUCUUCUGGCCCAGAUGCUGAUCGAUUAUGGCUCUGAUCCCAAUCAAUCACAAAACCCGACAGACAAGUACACACCUCUGCAGAAGGCAGUGAGUAAGGGCAACAUGGAGAUCUUCAACCUUCUUCUGGGGGCGGGUGCAGACGUUGACGGGGGGUUCUGCUCUUAUGGAACAACUGCCCUACAAGUUGGAGUAAUGCAGGGAAAUAUGGAUGUCGUUGAAAGACUGCUAAAUGCAGGCGCGGACGUGAACAGGGCACCCAGUCCUUGCCGUGGAGCCACGGCACUCCAAUUUGCUUCCAUACAGGGUUUCAUUGGAAUUGUACGCAGGCUGCUUGAGGAGGACGCUGACGUUAACGCAGGAUGA